AUGGCCGACGUCCCCUUCAUGCACGCCAUUGCAUCCCACGCUGCCCCCCAGCUGUCACAGUGGCCCAUCCAAGAAGUGGUCAACAGUGCUUGGGCCUUUGCGAAGCUGUCGUUUUUUCAGGAACCCUUGUGGCGCUCCACGCAGCAUGCGGUGUUUGAGCAGCUGCCCCAGUACAGUGCCCAGGACCUCUCCAGUCUCACCUGGGUGUUCGCGACUUUAGCCUCGCGUGGCUCGAUGUGGGAGGCCCUGCUGCGCCGGGUGCAGCUUCGAUGUGGAGCGUUCGAGCCGCAGCAUUUGGCGCUGACGGCGUGGGCCUGUGGAGUAUUGGCCUGGAGAGAUGACUGUGUCCUGACGGCCAUCGUGGAGGUGGCGAUGGAGAAGAUUGACGCCUUCGGAUCAGCAGAUGGGACAGCUCCAUGCCAGGACCUCUCGCUCAUGUUUUGGGCGCUUGCUGCGCUGGGUCUUCUCCACGAGCCAUUGCUGGAUGCUUUAGGCGAGCGCACCCUGCAGAAAGUUGAGCAGCUGAGGCCGCAGCACUUAGCGAACAUCUCCUGGGGCUUGGGCUGCUUGCAGGUGCGCCUCCUGCCUUUGCUUCAUGCGCUGGGGGCUCGCUGCAUCAAGCUAGCAGAUGAAUUUGGACCUCAGGAGGCAGCCAACAGUGCGUGGGCGUUCGGCAAAGUUGGUGUGGUGCAGGAGCCUUUGAUGUCCAGCUUGGCCCAGGUGACCUGCAGGACCCUCCAGGAGCUCGACCCACAGGAGCUCUCCAAUGUGCUUUGGACCUUUGCAACGCUGCUGACCUUGGAUGAUCCGCUGUUUGAAGCUGCAGGUCGGCAAGCCAUUGGCCUCAUUGAGGCAUUUGACGCACAGAAUGUGUCCAACAGCUUCUGGUCCUUUACAUCUGUGGUGCUGCAGGAUCCGCCACUACUGGAGGCCUUGUGUGGACGAGCUGCCGUGCUGAUGGAUCAGCUCACUAUGCAGCAGUUGGCCAAUGUCGCAUGGUCAUUUGCCACCAUCUCGGUGUGUCAUCACCCGCUUCAUGACUUCAUGGCCCGUCGGGCGCAGGAGCUGUUGAGGGCGGAGGAUCCUGGCAACUCGAGACUGCUGGUGAAUGUGUGUGCGUUGGCCUGGUCCUACACAUUCAUGCAGCAAUCUGACCAACAACUGCUACAAGUUGCUCAGGAGGUUUUGAUGCACUGGGGCUCCACCUUCAGGGUCGCCGCUGGGGGCCAGCGAAGCAGUGGACCCGCCCCACCCACCGCUGAGCCACAGCCAAGCCUUGUGAGCGUGAUGAGGGGCAUGUGCUUGGUGAUGAAGCCUGCGGGAUGGGAAGUGGACAGCGAGGGCCAAUCGGGUUUGCCGCCGCUCUCAGGCUUCUUGCGAGGCUGUCUGCCAGAGAACACCAUGGUGGACUCAGUGGACUUUGGGAAAGGCUUCAUCCACCGGCUCGACACGCCCAGCUCGGGGCUGAUCUUAGCGGCCACCAGCUUCCAUGGCUACUGCUGUCUCGAAUGGCAGAUGUACACAUACCAGAUCGUGCGAGACUAUGUGGUUUUGAGCCAUGACUUGGUGGCCCCACCGCUGCAACUCAUACAGCGCCGUUUGCUAGACCGUCCCACCGUCGUGGUCUCCGAGCGGGGUCGCCCGGCCGAGUCCUCCGUGCGUUUGCUGGCCCACUGGGAGCGAGGCGCUGCGUCGCCCUCGUCCCUGCUGGCGAUCCGCAUCCACACAGGGCGACGGCAUCAGAUUCGCGCGCACCUGCAGAGCUCAGGGGCGCCAUCGGUGGCAGACCAUCGCUAUGGUUUCACCCAGGUCGUUCUCAGGUCCAAAGGCGGCCGAAGCAUCUUCGUGGAGGAAGGCACCACCAUUUGGGAGGGUCGGAACCUGCUGGCGAUCACCACUGUCUUCGUGUGCUCCAGGUUGGUAAGCUUCCUUCGUGCUGGGUCGUCUACAGGGCAUCUGGUCAGGACCCUCAUCAUUAUUUUCUGGGAUAUGUCCAGCUUCUUCUGGGUGAUGUCGGUGAUGCUGCUGACCUUUGUUUUCGCCUUCCAACUGCUUUAUGACCAGCCCUUCACCUUCGAAGGUUUGGGUGCCACCAUGUGGUACGUGUACAUGCAUGGCAUCUUUGGCGAUGCGGAUGACGUGGUGCAACAACCUAGACAUGACGAGCCGCUGUGGGAGCCCGCCGACAACUCUGGAUCCUUGACUGCGCGCCUGCUGCUUGUCAUCUGUGUCGUUGUGAUGCUGGUGGUGAUGAUGAACUUUCUCAUUGCCAUCAUGAGUGACAGCUAUGACAAGGUGCAGGAGAGCGCGGAAGUGGCACGGAACGUCAUGCGACUGGAGCUGGUCUAUGAGGCCGAAGUGGCCAACAUCGUUCGGCGGUGCCACCGGACGGCGAAGUGGCCGCCGAAGGCCUACGUCUUCACUUGCCAGGGGGUGCGCUACGCCGGUGGGGGUCACCAGGCCACCCAGCAGGAGAACAGCCGCUGGGAAGGCCGAGUGAGGCAGGUGGAGAAAGUUGUGCGGCGUGAGAAUCGGCACACCUGCCAGGUAUUGAUGGAGCAGGCCGCGCAGCUGGAAACGCUGGAUCAUCGCAUCCACGCCUUGGAGUCUCACGUGAACCAGGGUCAUGGCCGUUUGCAAGACACCCUGGAGCGUUUGGUGGACCAGCUGAAGCGCCUCAUCCCGGAGCCCCGUGCAGGCGCCCUGGUCGAGCGCACUCAGCAGACCACCCCCCGACGUCCAUCGAAAGGGGCGAUUCAGCCACCAAGCCGAUCACAGAAGGAGGAUGUGAGUGAAGGACCGCGAGAAGUAGGACUAGUAGGACUAGGUCAAAGCCUGGCCUUCGAAGCCCCCAAACGAUGGGGUGAGUGA